AUUGUUUAAAGUUGCAUCUACAACUGGAAAUGCAGUUUAUGUAAAACUAGUGGAAUUCACAGUUGGUCACGCCUGCUUCAGCAGAUUGCAUGGUCCCAUAUAGUAUGGUGCGCUCCUACAAGGAGUACAUGCAGAUGGUGCUUUUCCCAGUGAUCAAUGAUGUCAUGUGAAAUGGGUUUAAAGCAGAAGGCCAUUUGUAAGACUUGCUGAAUGGAUAGAAAGCGUGACACUUGUGGUGUUCAAAAGUCUGCCUAAUGCUGUUUCACUACUGGUGUGUCUGUGUCUUACGAAUGAGGUAAUCAGCACCUUGAAAACUCCAUUGUGCUUUAGAAUAUCCUCUAGUACUGUAGUGCCAUAGAUGUAAUUGUUUACUAUUAAAAUCUAAUGUGUAAGUUUCAGUGAGGACCAUUGACUGUGCUAAAUCUUGUGUUGGAGCAUUAAUGGGGUGAAUGCAAGUUACAACUCAAAAUCAUAAAAUGUUUUUAUGGAAUGUACCAUUAAAAGCUCUCUUUAGAAUGUGAAAAACUUCCUAUCCUGCCUCAGGUUCUCAGUGUGUGAGUAAAACUGCUUUUUAGAAUCCUGUGCAGGGGCAAUGGAAUCAGCAUAUUUUUCUUUACCUUCUGAAAAAUAGCUGAUCACAAAAGCAUUUUUCUAAAACUGCUUUAGAUAUGUCUAUGGCCUCUGAAUGACUUUUGAUCUGGGCAUAUACAUUUAUACUGAAAGUAAUGCACCCCCCCCCCCCCCCCGUGAAACAGGAAUUAUAUACAAAUCUUUACAAUAGAAAUUAGCAAGUCUUUGUGAAGAGGUCACUGACACACUCAAGUUGCCCCUUCCUCGUCUUUAAUGUACACACAACAAAAAGCCACUGCAUGAGGCACAAUAAGUGUUUGAGGCCUGGCCUAUGGUAAAUCACUCAUGGAUGUGAAAAAUGCACACACCAACUUAACCUGGGGUGGACUACUACAGCAGUUCACAGGUAGACAAGGCAUAAGAACAGAUUGAAAUCCAUAGCCUAAGUCUUGAAAGAUCCUGUUUCUCAUGACAGAGACAAUUUCAAGGUGCCACUAGGGAAAGGAGUUUAUGCAUCUUCAGUAUCAUCACUCACGCUGGUAAACUAAGCUCAAUUCAAUUUCAUCUGCCUCAAGCCCUUUGCUAAACAUCAGGAUUGACUAAAAGGAAAAUAAUUCCUUUUAAGGAAACAUUUGAUUUAACUCAAUUGCUUCUUUUCUGCUUGGCCAUUCCAUUCCCCUGGACAAGAAAUGGAGCAACAGGCUGCUGCACGUGGGACUCUGAGCUGCUUUUUUUUUUUUUUUUUAAACUCCUGCGCCAGUUGUUGGCCAAAAAUAAACACCAUUCCACAACCAUAUAUGUUCAACAGCCCAGUGGUGAUUCUGAGGCCGGUCAGGCCCCUUCAGUAUUGCUGUUAGUCCACUCUGCCAGAAUAUACUGUCCUCUUUCCUAAGAGCACGACUCCGCACGGGCUAUGCAUAUAACCCAGCUUAACCGGGAGUGCCUUUUGCACCUAUUUUCUUUCCUGGACAAAAACAGUAGAAAGAGUUUAGCCCAGACAUGUCAGAAAUUACUAGAAGUGUUUCAGGAUCCUUUUCUGUGGCCUGUGCUGAAUUUCCAUUCUCCUGUGGAACUAAAGAAGGAUAAUUUUCUCUUGGGACCGACUUUAAGGUACCUGUCCAUCUGCUGGCAUUCAAGCAGAGUCAAGGUGUGUAACAUUGAGGACUGGAUGAAAAACACAUUCCAGAAAGACAUCUGUCACAAGCAUGAAAAUACGGUCAAUGAUUUUUUAAUACAAGUUUGCAACAGGUGCCCAAACUUGCUGUCCCUGACCCUUUCUGGAUGUGGCCACGUCACAGAUGAUUACCUGUUGUUGCUUCUCAAAAGCUGCCCAAACCUCAAGAUACUCAAACUGGAAAACUGUGUGCGGAUCACUGACCAGACUCUGGAAGCUGUGAUCCUCUAUGGGGGCUCUUUACAAACCCUCCAUGUGGAUUUCUGCCGGAACAUAACUCAGGCUGGUCUGAAGACAGUCCAGGAAAAAUGUCCUUCAAUAAUGCUGAAAGCAGAGAGAAGUGCAGACAUGAUUCCGGACAACGAACCACGGGAAAAAUUGAUGCUUGAAAGAGCAGUGAGAAAACUGGUACUGCAUUAAAUAGGACCAAUUGCAGAAAUUCAAUAUAUGUGAAGAGAGAUUGACAUUUUGAGGUUCCACCAAGUUUGCAAUUAAGCCUAUCUAUAUGCAUAUAGGCUUUGUUUAUAAAAAGAGUAUUUUAUACAUUUCACAAGUACUCCCAUUUCACCCAGGCAAGGAGUUUACCUUGAUGGUGAUAGUCUGGCACCACUGGUCCUUCAUACUGGAAAAUUCCCUGUGCUGGCACAAAGGAGAUGGUAAAUCCUGACUAGCUGAUAAUGACCCUGCUGAGAGCCUUCCUCAUUGUGGUAUAUUUUGCUUGGCUAACAUGUAUGAUGAUGUAUCCAGAUCUCAGGGCCCAAGGGGAUGGAUAAACUUUUUAUUCACAAGGAAAUAUGCCUAUUCUGUCAUAGAAGGAUCAUGAAUUCUGAGUAGAUAACUAGCCCCUCUCUGUCAUACGUUCACCUUUUCUGCUAAGGCACAUCUCACUCCUGACAAACGUCACUUACUAUACUUAACAUGUGAUCUGUUAGUGUACUUUAUUUAAACCAUAAGUUCUAUGAAAGUGUGCGCAAACCAAGCUUUUAACAUUUACAUAAUGUACACUGACAAUUUAUGCUUCAGUUUACGUUACUGUAAAUAGUAAUGUAAGUUUAACAUUAACACAAGCUUGUUUACACAACUGUCUAAGCUGAGAAGGCACUGAUUUACAAAAAGUGCCCUUAAACUCUCUUUUCAAAAGCCUUCUACAGCAAUGAUAUAUUUGUCUAAAUCAGAGGAGGAUUUUAUACAGGAUUUUAUAUGCAAUAAUAGAACAUGUGGAGGGCAGUGCGCACCAAUCAGACUGUUACAAUAACACAUGCAGAGCACAGUACCACUGUAUGUGGUUUUGCUACAACAUAUUGUAAUAUACUGAAAGAUUACACUGAAAUGGCCAGCACUAUCUUUAUCUCUUGUCUAAAACUGGCCUUAGACCAGAGGUUCUCGAACUGUGGUCCACGAGCUACAUUCAGGUGGUCCGUGGAUAUUUCCCUCUAAGGUGUGUGUCUGGGCGGCCGUACACAAGAGAAUGAAGGGCCACCCACCGAAUUAGUGGAGCCGCGCAGGCAUGGCUCCACUAAUUAGGUGC